AUGCUCCUGCUUCCGUUGGUCACUGAGAUAAACUUGCUACCUUUGCUUGCAGUUCCGCCAAAUCUUGGAAGGAUUUCCGUCGGAUCAACAAAAUCGGCAAGGAAUGGAAUAGACGAUCUGUUAUCUGCCGCAGACAUGGGAAAACACGAUUACGACUGGUAGGCUCGUAACGCUCUUACUCGAUACUUUAGGUAUUUACCCUGUUGAGGAACAUCUGAUUCAAUAAAUCGGUCGAAACAAUCCCGUGAACUGAUCAGUGGUGAUCUUAGUGUCGUCGAAUUGUGGAGGAAUCGAUCGGGAAAUUAUUUUUUUCUGUCUGUUUAUCUGUUCAUCCUCGAAUAAUUCUUCGUCAUCAAUAACAGGGCUCUGAACCAACGAUGAUCUUCCGAAUUUUUUUUUCCCAUAGGCUUUUAACGCCCCCAGGAACUCCUCAUGAUUCAUCGCUGGAUUUCAUGGAGGCCCGGCCGGCCUCAGUAGCUCCAAGAGCCAAUCCGUCAGCUAGAUCAGCCUCGGCCACCAAAGCCUCAAGGGUACAAACGCCUUUCUUUCUAUCUCGUUGACUAUCUACAGUGUUAUUUCAUCUUAAUUGUUUCGCUUAUUCAUCAUCCCGUCCCCCGGACGUGAACUGGUACCAUGAAUCCACGAUACUUCUUCCAUUUGAAUGCUCAGAUUUAUGUCUUUCCCACUUCUGUUCGAAUGAUUCAUGUCGAAUCCGCCGUCGAGCUCACUUUUCAUCGCCCUUCAAUCAACCAAAUAGUCAAUGCUCUGCAAUUUUGUCUAUCCAUUUCUCUCGAACGGAUGGAAUCUCAGUCUCCACACCUCUGUUGCAGGUCCCGGCGCCCGAUUCGGAGAGCAAGACUCCAGCGAGGGCGGCGGCCAGGAGCAGCUCAGUGGCACGCGCCUCCAUCUUUGCCGCCCACUCCUCCAACGGCUCCGGCAGAGCAUCGGCCCUCAACACGAGUAUGGCCUCCGUCACCUCCUCCAGACCAUCAACCCCUGGCAGCCGCCCCACCUCAUCGUCUGCCUCCAGGCAGACCUCCCACCCCAUAGCCUCCCGCUCCUCUACCCCCUCCAAGACCAGACCAGCCACCGGCCCUCCUCCUGGCGACAAGCCCCGGCCGGCAUACUCCUCCUCCUCCUCCUCCUCCAGGCCCUCGACUCCGACGGCGCGGCCCCAGCAGCUUUCGAGCCCGAGCUCCCUUGCCGCCCGAUCGAGUUGCAGGCCCUCGACUCCUACUCGGCGCGCACGCGCGCAGUCUCCAGCUCCUGCUCCAGCUGCCGCGCGCUCGCCGUCCGUCGGCCGGAGCAGCGGCGGCGCCGCUGCCGCUCGGCCGAGCUCGCCUGCAUCAUCCGCCAGGCCGCCGCCCCAGCCCGCGGUGCCCCUCGGCUUCCCCCUCGUCGUGACUCCAAACCUGCGGACGAAGGUGCCGGAGAGGCCGGUCUCCGCCGGCAGGUCGCGCCCGGGCCUCCCGCUGACCGUUCGGGCGAGUCCGGUCCCUGAAACAGCGGCGGCGGCGAGCGCGAGCCGGCGCCAGUCCCCGUCGAGGUCACGACUGCAGAGCAAUGGGCAGGGGUCAACGCGGGACACCGCCGCGCCGAAGGCCACCGCCACCAAGGAGGCAGCGGCGGCGCCUGCGGCGGCACCCACGGAGAGCACGGGAUUCGGGAGGACAAUCUCCAGGAAGUCCCUGGACAUGGCCCUCAGGCACAUGGUAAACUACUGCUGCUCCUGCUCCUGUUCCUGCUGGUGGCGGUUCCUGUUCGGUUCGACGAUCCAACGAUGGAUGAUCAUUUUCAUGGCUGUUCAUCCAGGAUAUACGGCAAAGCUUGGGAGGGGGAGUUCGCGGCGCCUCGCUCUUCCCCCAGAGCGUACGUUCAUCCGUUCCAAGAAUCAUCCCCCCUCGAGUCCCAGACAUUAAAGUCCCUCUGCUGUACGGCGGAGCUAACGCGGAGGGGAGCUCUAAUGGCGGCGCCCCGUCGGAGAAAGGGGGCGUCGGCGUCAAGUCUCCGGCGAGGGAGCUGCUCGGGAGGGCGAUCGGACGGGACAUCUAUGAGAGCUCCAGGUACGACACUAUCCUGCUCAAAGAGGACGUCAGAAACAUGAGCUGGCUCCACAGCAUCGAGGACAAGUCCGACCAAGGCCUCACCUUCGACCUCCGAUUAGAGCCACUACCAGAACCCUUCGUCCUCCUCUGA